GAGAUUGUUACAAUGUCUGGAAGAGGAAAGACUGGUGGGAAAGCUCGUUCCAAGGCCAGGUCUCGCUCUUCCCGGGCCGGACUGCAGUUCCCGGUGGGCCGCGUUCACAGGCUGCUGAGGAAGGGUAACUACGCUGAGCGUGUGGGUGCCGGAGCCCCGGUCUAUCUGGCCGCCGUGCUGGAGUACCUGACGGCUGAAAUCCUCGAGCUGGCCGGCAACGCGGCCCGGGACAACAAGAAGACCCGCAUCAUCCCCAGGCACCUGCAGCUGGCCGUCCGCAACGACGAGGAGCUGAACAAGCUGCUGGGAGGGGUGACCAUCGCUCAGGGCGGGGUGCUGCCUAAUAUCCAGGCCGUGCUACUGCCCAAGAAGUCCGGCGCCUCUGCAGCCACCAAGACCAAGUGAAGCGACCAUUCUUUAAACUGAGAACCCAAAGGCUCUUUUCAGAGCCACUCACUUAAUCGGUGAAAGGGGCGACCUGUUGUCUAUCCGGAUGUGCGAUAACAUCCCUAUCGAUUCUGAAUGAGAUAUUUCUAAUGUGAUCUGUGAAAGAGCUGGUUACAACGAGACUCUGGUGCUGUUGCCUUAUCCAGACAUCAGGAGUCUCUGCUGCAUCUAUAUAUGACCAAUUGUCAAUGUUCAGAAAGACGUUCUUUAAUAUUUAACUCGUCCCAUUUCUAAUUAAAUGAUGUGAAAUUACAUACACAUAUAAACAGAAUCCACUCAAAACCCCAAAUGCAACAGAGGGAGUGAACCGGGUAAACAAAAUGAAUGAAAAUUAAUUGUCGGUCUGAGGGUUUUAGGAGCUGGAGCUUUUAAUAAGACGUCGCUGCUCUCGCUGACCGACUAGGCGGCGUUUUAAAAGAGCCUUCGUUGCAAGUGGAACUGAAUCCGGGUUUUAGUGCAUGUGUGAACAUUCCGAUCGCUUCGCAAUGAAAACAUUUCUGAUGAUAUCUGUGAACGGGUGGGUUAGAGUGAGACGCAUCCUGCUAGCACUCUUACUUGUUACGGACAUCAGCUCCAUCUAUUUAUGCCCAAACUCUUCUAUUAGGGAAAACGUUCCCAUAUCAUUAAAAUAAUCGCCUUUGAAAUGACCUCAGAUCGUCUGAAACAUCCGGUAAAGGGAACAAAGGACAAUUACCGGUUUACAAAGUGAGGAAAAUAAAUUGUAGGCCUGAGACGCUAAAGUGCUGGUGUGGUUAAGAGAUGGCAGCUCUUUCUCUGACCGACUUGGUGGCUCUUAAAAGAGCCUUUGUCUCACUUGGUGCUGAGGUGGGGUGUUUAGGCGCGCUCCCCGCGGAUACGGCGCGCCAGCUGGAUGUCUUUGGGCAUGAUGGUGACCCGCUUGGCGUGGAUUGCGCACAGGUUGGUGUCCUCAAAGAGCCCCACCAGGUAAGCCUCGCUGGCCUCCUGCAGGGCCAUAACGGCCGAGCUCUGGAAGCGCAGGUCGGUCUUGAAGUCCUGAGCGAUCUCCC